AUGGGGGGGAUCUGUGCUGGGAGGGGGGCUGCCCCGGCUGGGGGGGAGAAUGGGGGGGAGGGGGGCUGCCCCGGCUGGGGGCACAUUAACCCUUCACGCUCCGUUCUCCCCCCACCCCCAGAGAUCGGCGCCUUCCUGAAGAACGCCUGGGCCACGGAGCCCGUCAUCACCGUCUCCUUUGCCAUCGGCAUCCUGGCCGCCGUGGCGCCGCUGCUCAGCCCCUACACGAAGUACUCCGGCAUGAUCAACCGUGCGACGCCCUAUGUGUACCCAGUGCCCGUGCGAGACGACGGCAACAUGCCCGACAUCCCCUCCCACCCCUGCGACAAGGAGGGGCCCAACCUGGAGUGGCUGAAGAAGCUGUGACACCCCCAGGGCCCUGGGGAGUUGGUCGCCGUGAGGUGCUGGCUGCAGAGGGAGCCUUCCCCCGGACCAGGUCAGCGCGCUGCCCCCUGCUGGCUACAGGGGGGGUUGGCUCUCUCCACCUCCCCCCAUGAAUGGAAUAAAGGUUUUGACUUAAGGAA